UGCCAUGCCUUUCCAUGCAAAGAACAAACCACCUCCCUCCUUAUCUCCACCUAAGCAGAGAGGUGGAGAGACAGUAGUCACAGCUGUCGCAUCUUCCAGCAAGCCUUUCAAACCUUUUUCCUGCCUGCUUCUUGCCACGGAUUCCUCCCUGCCUGGCCCCAGGACACCAAAAGCUCCACUGAAAGCCACCAAAAUGGUUUGCGGUGGGUUCACCUGCACCAAGAACUCCCUAUGUGUCCUCAACCUGCUGUAUAUUAUGGUCAGCUUGUUGCUGAUUGGCACUGCAGCAUGGGGAAUCGGGUUCGGACUGAUAUCUAGCCUUCGCGUUGUCGGUGUAGCUGUUGCUGUUGGGAUCCUGCUCUUUCUUAUUGCCCUGGUGGGACUAAUCGGGGCUAUUAAACACCAUCAAGUCCUGCUGUUUUUUUACAUGAUCAUUCUCUUUGUCAUCUUUGUGAUCCAAUUUUCAGUAUCUUGUGCUUCUCUGGCUCUAAACAAACAGCAACAGAAUGAACUUCUUGAAGUUGGGUGGAACCACACAAAGGGUGCACAAAGCGAUAUUGAGAAGCAUCUAAACUGUUGUGGAUUUAACUCUUUUGCUAAAAAUUCUACUUCUACUUGUGGAGCUCCAUGCUUUCAAACACAGGAGUGUCCGACGUGUGCAUCCAUCAUUGAACAACAUGCGGAAGAAGUGCUGAGGAUUGUGGGAGGAAUCGGCUUUUUCUUCAGCUUUACUGAGAUUCUUGGCGUUUGGCUCACCUACAGAUAUCGAAACCAAAAGGAUCCGCGUGCAAACCCCAGUGCAUUUCUUUGAUUGAAAACCUUUUCUAAGACUGUUUGAUCUUUUUUUUUCUUUAUUUAAUACUGUGCAGCUCCUUUGAUUGCUGUGUUUGUUCUGUUUGUUGGACUUUCGUCUUCAACUAUGAACCUUUUUUUAGUUUGUCCAGGUAUAGUGUAAAUUCAUGUUAAAUAAAUGUAAUAUUUGGACAACAGAAGAAUUAAGACCUACAAUAAAUAAAAAAAAAAUAAUGGUCAGUUUGAUUUGUAGUGCAAUAAUGUAUCAGCAUGUGUUAUACCUAGAUUGAUAAGAGGUCAUGCUUAACAAAAUUCAGACAAUUUGUUUUCUUGGGUGUUCACUAUAAGCAGGGAUCUGUCAUGAACGUGGACCUGCAUGGCUCAAUGCAGUUCUUGAAAAGGAAGCCGCUAAAUUUGAGAAUUUAAGAAAGCAGAUUAUCUUCCAAAUACAGCAGCAUUCCCUAUCUCAACUAUUUUACAUUCCUACUCUGAAAAUAAAGUUUGUGCACAAUUUGCUAAGAUUUUUUUUAUGUAUUAUUGUAGAUAUGGGAUUUUAGAUAACUAAGGAACAGGUCCAGGAUUAGAAUUGACACAUUUAUUGGUGCACAAUAUAGAUUGCACAUUGUAAAAAUAUAUGUAAACGGAAUAAAUGAUAAAAUAUCAGACACAUUUCAAAUUUCUGCAUUUGCUACAAAUUCACAGGCUGGGCACCUUCUAAAAUGACAAAAUAAGGAAAUGACUCUGCCAAUCAUCAGCUUCUGUAGCUGAGCUUAUUGCAUAAGCAGGGCUUUGUGGGAAAAAAGCAAGGGCUUCUGAGAGUUGUGGUUUAGUUGUUAAAUGUAUGCAGUAGAACGCCAGCUGCUGUACUACAAAUCCCAGAAUCCAGUCAUACCAUUUUCUACAUCAGUAUUUUUUUAAGUGAAAAGGGAAACACCGCAUGCUAGGAAAGGGGUGUAAAAAGGGCGGGUUUAUUGGAGAAAAUCUAAUUAUGAAUUUAAAAAACAAACAAAAAAAAAUUAAAGAAAAUGUAAACAAAAUUCCACCCAGCAUAACAAACUGUUACUAUCUCACACUUCACAUGUGUGUGUGCCUAUAAUGUCCCUUUAACGUUAAAGCAAUCGUUUACAUAAGUAAAUCAUUUUAAUUUCCAAAUGCUCACCAAUCCCUCAAACACAAUAAUUUUGUGCAUACAGAAA